AUGACGGAGAUAAAUCCGAAAUAUGAUAAUCUGAAAGCAGUAAUAGUAAAUAUACAUCCUGGAGGAUUCUUUCACGGUUCACCUGAUCCACAUUACUACGGAUCUCCCGGAUACAUCAUCAAUCGAAACAUCGUUUAUGUCAGUGUCGGAUACAGAUUACAUUUGCUAGGACAUUUGAAUCUGAAUUUAAAAAAUCACUGCACUGGAAACCAGUCUCUGAAGGAUAUCAUACUUAGUCUGGAAUGGAUAAGGGAUAACAUUCGCGUAUUUGGAGGUGAUCCUGGGAAUAUAACUUUACUGGGUAGCAGCAGUGGAUCUGCAAUAGUUCACUGCCUGUUACUGUCACCAUUAGCAAAAGGUUUAUACCACAAAGCAAUACUAAUGGGCAUGUACAUAUUCAACCCAACUCUAAUAACCUGCAAUGAACAUAUUACUUUGGCUUACAAAAUAGCACGUGAACAAGGUUACGAAGGAAAAAUAGAAGAUAGACGUAAAUUAUUGAACUUCUUAAAACAAUUUCGACUGGAUCUUUACUUGCUAUCAAAAUUACAUCAAAUGCGAGAUUAUUAUACAGGAUUACCAGUUUUCCCAACCUCACCUUUCGUCCCACUAGGUGAAUCAAGCGAUAAUUCCCCAUUGCCGUUAUCUCCAGACAAGCUCAUUGCUUCAACCAACAGAGUACCAAUCAUGGUGGGAUUUUGUGAACGAGAAGGUGCAAUGGGAGUAGCUCUGCUUGAAAAACUAAAACAAUCUCUUUCUCAAUUGUUCCACAAAUGUCUCAGCCAAAAUGUAUGGGGAUGGGGAGCUAAUUUAAAUGAAGAUGAAUCAAAACAAAUACAACAACAAGUGCAGAAUUUUUACGUGGAUGGUAAAUCAUUAGACGAGGCGUCACAAUCAACCAAAUGUGAUGUAAGAUUUAAUUUCAGCUGA